GAUGAUGAUGAUGGUGUCUACGGUGGUCUGUGUCCUCUUCCUCGCUCUCAGCGGUUUCCAGCAGCAUGUUGCCACAUGGCCAGCCCCCACCGUCCAGGUGAGAGUCGGGGAAAAUGUCUCCCUGCAGUGCCCCCUGCUGGACAGCUCCAACUCCACCAUGGCCACCUCCACAUCUGAUGAAGCAGCCCCCGCCACCCUCAGCUGGUACAGGAAGACAGCAGGACUUGGACCCAUGCUGCUGUUGAGCCUCAUGCCUUCAAACGGCUCUCAUGUGAAGUAUGGAAAUGGCAUUGACCCUGAAAAAGUGUCUGCUACAGCCAACGGCUCGCUACUGCUGCAGGGGUCCAAAGAGAGCGACUCGGGGGUUUAUUACUGCGGGAUCAGCUACGGUUCUGAGUGGAAGCAACACAUCCCAUCACAAGGAAUUAAAUUCACUGACUGAGAGGGCUUCAGUUCGUUCCCAUCACAGCUGAUUUAUUCAUUCAUGAGACAGAAGAGGAGAUGUGGAGGAAGUGUGUUAAAUGUGUGACCUCACUUUUCCUGUUAAACUAUUAUUCUUUAGUGCUUUUUGGACCAGGCUUGGGUCCUGUUGUGGAUAACACCUUUCAGUGUGUUUGACUGACAGUGACUAGAACGCAAGCUCAUUAAAAAUGAUCUACGAUGACACCUGUUUCCCCAGUCAAGGCCAUAAAACUUUCUAGCUGACGGUUGACUUGUGUUAGGCAUCCAGGUGGCCAAUAAUUAGCUUGGUGGCCUUGAGUCGCGUAUAGAUAUAAAACCACCAAUGACAGCCUACAUGCAUCAAACUAAUGAGGAAAAACCCAGCACCUAUGAUUACAUCACCUUAAUGUCCUACUGUUUUUACUGUUCUACUGU